AAGCACGCUCUGUCCGGAUUCAUCACCAACCUUUUCAGUCUCUCCUGUUGAAACAAUGUCCCAUCCUCCUCCGCAGCCGUCUCUUUCUUCCCUGCCUGACGAUAUCGUUUUAAGAUGCUUGGUCCGUGUUCCAAGGAUGUAUCACCUAAACAUCUCAUGGGUCUCAAAAGACCUAAGGUCCCAUGUUCGCUCUCCUGAGCUCAACCUCUUGCGAUCCACCCUCCCCAAGACCUCCCUCCAUGUAUGUUUCGAAGAAGACGACGGAGACGACAACUCAUCCUUCCACUGGUUUACUCUCAACGAGGCGGAGCAUGGGUUACUUCUGAACCCAACUCCCUUCCCUUCUCAUCCUAGUUACGGUUCUUCAACCGUCGCAGUGGGUUCAAACGUCUUCUUCAUCGGCGGAUCUAGAGAGCCUUCCACGGAUCUAUGGAUCCUUGAUACACGCUCUGGAAACAUGACUCAGGGACCAAGCAUGUGCGUGCCUCGAGUAGGUCGCACAGCAGCCGUGGGCGUAAUCGACGGGAAGAUAUACGUGAUGGGAGGCGGAGAGUUUAACGAAGAGAUGCCAGUUGAAGUUUUCGAUCCCGAGACGGAGAGUUGGGAGCUUGCGGGGGUGGAGAAGGUGCGUAAGAUUUCACGGUGUAGUGCCACGGUGGAGGGGAAGGUUUAUAUGGUGGAGUACGAGGAGACUAAUGUGUACAAUCCGAGAGGAGGUGAAGAAGGAGAACGGAUGGUUCGUAUGGAGAGGUUCACUGAUAUGGCGCAUAGCGUGUGUGUGGUGGAGGAUGUUCUCUUUGCUUUCUUUACCCGGGCUGGGUUGAUGUGGUUUGAUACCAAGAUUAAUGUGUGGAGAAGAUUGGUCGGUCCUGAUGGGAAGGACCUGGUUCUCUCACGUGUGAAGGGGAUGUCGGAAUAUCACGACGGAAGGCUUGUGGUUUUUAACUACAUUAUCCCAACUGACGACGACGGCUUGUGGGAUGUAAAUGAAGUUACCAAGAAUGUUCAGUGUAUGUUGGUCUCACUGGAUAGAGCUGGAGACAAGAUUUGUGGGACUGUCGAUUGGUCUGGCAUUGUGGCUACAGUCCCACUUUGGUUUAAUUUUCUGCAUUGUUUACCUGUUUCCGAGUGAUUGAUUAUCAUUACAGUAUGUGUUAUCUUGGGAGCAAACUAGAAAGAGAUUUAUCAUGAAACCAAAUAAAGAAAUGAACAUGUUUUUGAA